AUGCUCUACUUCUAUUUAGGGUUAUCAGCUAUAGCCUCACUUGUCAUCCACGCAAUCUCAUUUGCAUGGUUUUAAAAUAAUUAAGAUAAUAAUUAUCACAAUAUAAUAAAUUUGUGGCUGAAAGACCCGCUAGAAAAAGUCAUAUUAUUAGAUAUCAAUCAAGAAUGCCCAAAGGAUACUAAUGAAUUUAGCUUAGAAUUUUAAUAUCCUGGAAAUUCCGGACUAUGUAAUUGCAUACCAAAUCCAUAGGAUUCAUACUCAAGUUAAUCCAGUAGUAAUGAUAGCUAUAAUAGAUUAUUGCAAAAAAAUUUAGUUUCAUGUUCUACAAUCAAAUGUCAAGCGAACUAUGUUUCUAAUGAAGCCGUUCCACCAAUAAACAGCUCUAAUCUUGAUACAUUUUUUUAUAACUCAAAUAAAAAAGUGGCACAAAAACUCUGCGUAAGUAAAAUAGGUGGAUACUCAUUUAGUUAGAAAGCCCCCUUGUAAAAAUAGUGUGGUAGUGAUGAAAAAUAUUGCGAUUUUAAAGCUUCUUCUUAAGGAUUUGAUAUGGAUUAAGGCUAUUGUAUUCCCAAAGAUAGAUAAUGUUAAAUAAGCAGUUUUGCUUUAGGAAAUUAUGCAUAAAAUGUUGUCAAUCAGCUCCCUAUAGUUGAUAUAACCAUAUCUACUUAGAACUAAAUGAAAGCCUAUAAUAUACUUUAAUAUUCUACUGUUAGUGAAUAAGAUUUGCUUAAAUGGAAUAAUAUUAAUUAUGAUCCUGCUUAUACUAACUUACUUAGUAAUACAUAUUAAAUUUAAAUUAAUCAUAUGCCAAGAGUUAAGGUUAGAUGUAGAGAAUAAUUAAAAUAAAAUCUCAAUGUCUAUUUAGGUCCAGAUGGUGCUUAUAAAGUCAGUUUAGCUCUACUUAUCUUUACAACAUUUUCUUGCACAUUAAAUUUUUUCUUCUUUGGAAUAGGAGAUAUCUGUGACAUGAGUAGAUGUGAUAAAGGUGGAUGCAAAGGUUAUUGUGAAUCCAAAAGAAUUUAAAAGAGUCAUUCUCACUUAAAAAACACGAUGCUUAUUAUGAAAUGUAUUUUGCUUAUCUUGCAAGUUAUUCUGAACGCAGUAAUGAUAGCUUGCUAUACAAAUUUGAUUGAUUACAUGGGUUAUAUGAUUAAUGACAAAUGUCUAGACUCAUAUGUUGCUGAUGCAAUUAAAUACAAUGAUAUAAUAUCACCUGGAUAUUACUCAGAGGGUUUAACAUUUGCUACUUUAAUCCUAUCAUCUGUCUAAUUACUUUUUGACUAAGUGUUUUAUCAAACAAUAAAAACGCUUAUUUUACUUAUUUUUUGUUAAAUAAAAUUCUAAAUAUGUAAACAAAAACCUCCUGUAGUUAUUAAGUUAGACACUUUAACAGAAUAAAAGUUAAAUAAUGAAGAAAAAAAACCAGAUAUAGAGUAAAACAUCUAGCCAUAAUAAAAUACUUAAACUUUGAAUCAAAUAAUUCUACCAAUUAUUUCAACAGCAGUACCAAAAAAUCCUGAUAAUGCAGAUGAUAAAAGUUCAAGCACUGUAAAGGAUAUUUUUGAAGAAUGUAAAAGCGAUUCAAGCGAAGUAAAGUCAGUUAAAAAUUAGACUAAUAAACCUGCAGAUGAAAGAGAGAGCAAAUAAAUUAAGCCAAUAAUGAUACAUUAAAAACAUAAAGCAUAGAAUAAAAAGCUCUCGAGCUCAGUAGAUUAUGAGAAUAAAAAAUUAAAGUAGGCUCAAGAAGAUAAAAAGGAUAAGUAAUUUUAAAAGUAAUAAAAGAAAUUACAAAAAUAACAACUUAAAUUGAAAAUAAGUCAAGCUAAAUUGCUUGCUUAAGUGUAACUAAAUGGAUAAACAAAUAGCUUUAACUAAAAUACUAAAUUUCAAGAAGAUGUAUUUGAUAUUUAAAUGUUGUACGAUGAAUAAAAAGAACAAAAGAAACAAGGUUUACAAAAAUAAUAAAUUAAGCGUGCAAGCAGCAUUGGUUAGAAUAAAAAUAAAGAAAAUAAAGAUUCUAAAGAUAAUUGUAAAAAAGGAAAUAGAAGUUUUGAAGAUAUAAAAGUCAAGUAGAAGAAUGUUUAAAUUCUUAGCUUAGAUGAAUCAAUAGAUUCUAAUUAAGAAGAAUAAAAGGCCAACCCAGAUUUCUUAUCUCGUCAAUAAUAAAAUAAGAUAAAAAAAUAAAAUUAGUAAUCAAAAUCAUUCGAAGAAAAUUUAGAUGACAUUUUUACAGAUUUAAAUGUAUAUUAAAAAGAUUAGUAAAACAAGUUUUAACAGCUUAACUAAAUGAAAAAUCAAAUAAUAUAUUAAAAUAAUUAAUAAACUAACUACUACUCUAACACACCAGUAUAAGAAUAUAAUUAACAAAUUUUAUUUGAUGAUGAUCAAAAAGGUUCUGAUAAGUUUACUCAAUUUAAAUAAAAGAAAUCCGAUGAAAUUAUUUAACCUCCAGAAGCACCAGAACCUCCUGAGUAGAGUGAAAAAUCUCAUUUUUCAAUGAUAUAAUUUGAUGAUCUUUGA